AUACUCAAACCAAAACUAGUCGCGGCGAAAGACCACAGACAUGCGGAAGGACAAGAGAGCGAACAUCUCGUAAAAUAUUGGGGGCUGGCUUCCCUUCCGCCGGAUCUCUCGACUUUCUCUCUCCCCAGACGUGUUGAGCUGUUUCCCAGUCCUUCGUCGCCUUCCCUCCGCUCAGCACUCAGCAGCAUCAGCUCCCCCCACCUCUCCCCUCUCCUCUUCUCAUCUUCUUCUUCUCCAUAAAGCUCACUCUCAAACGGAACUGGAGCGGAGCUUCUGCAGAGUAGCACUAAUACUAGUAAACUUUGGGGAUUUUUCCUGUGAGAAGAGGGAUUGGCAUUGGAGUGGAGCUCACGGGGCCAAAAGGAAGGGAAGCCCAGGAUUAGCGUGUGGCGGAUUGAGUAGCUAUUUUGGGAGGGGAGAGAACGAGAGGCGUGGCCUUGGCCGGGGGAGGCAGCGGCUUCUUGGACCGGCCAUUGAUGGCGCCGUGGAGCGGCUUGUGGGGCGGCAAGGCCGGCGGCGACGCCUACCGGGGCACGCCGGUGGUGGUCAAGAUGGAGAACCCCAACUGGUCCAUCUCCGAGAUCUCCUCGCCGGAGGACGACGACGAGGACAUCUUGGCCGCCGGCGGUCGCCGCAAGGGGGGCCGCUCCAAGAACGCCAAGCAGAUCAGGUGGGUGCUGCUCCUCAAGGCGCACCGCGCCGCCGGGUGCCUCGCCUCGCUGGCCUCCACCGCCGUCGCGCUAGGCGGCGCGGCCAGGCGCAGGGUGGCCGCGGGGAGGACCGACGCUGAGGCCGGCGUGGUGGCUGCCACCGGCGAGAGCCCCGUGGUGCGCUCCAGGUUCUACGCCUUCAUCAAGGCCUUCCUCGUCGUCUCGCUGCUCCUCCUAGCCGUCGAGGUCGCCGCUUAUUUCAGCGGCUGGGACCUCGCCGCCUCCGCGCUCGCCAUCCCCGUCAUCGGCCUCGAGUCGCUGUACGCCUCUUGGUUGCGCUUCCGCGCCACCUACGUUGCGCCGGGAAUACAGUUCCUCACCGACGCCUGCGUCGUGCUCUUCCUCAUCCAGAGCGCCGACCGCCUCAUCCAGUGCCUUGGCUGCUUCUACAUCCACAUCAAGCGCAUCAAGCCCAAGCCCAAGUCGCUUGCAUUGCCUGAUGCGGAGGACCCGGAUGCCGGGUACUACCCCAUGGUACUUGUCCAGAUACCAAUGUGCAACGAGAAGGAGGUGUAUCAACAAUCAAUUGCGGCCGUGUGCAACCUUGACUGGCCGAAAUCCAACUUCUUGGUUCAGGUGUUGGAUGACUCCGAUGACCCACUGACACAGACUCUGAUUAGAGAAGAGGUGGCCAAAUGGCAACAGCAAGGUGCCCGGAUUGUGUACAGGCACCGUGUGUUAAGGGAUGGUUACAAGGCUGGAAACCUCAAGUCAGCCAUGAGCUGCAGCUAUGUGAAGGAUUACGAAUUUGUUGCCAUCUUUGACGCAGACUUCCAACCUCAUCCUGACUUUCUGAAGCGCACUGUGCCACAUUUCAAGGACAAUGAUGAACUUGGGCUAGUGCAAGCAAGAUGGUCCUUUGUGAAUAAGGAUGAGAACCUGCUGACUCGGUUGCAGUAUAUUAAUCUGUGCUUCCACUUUGAGGUGGAACAGCAGGUGAAUGGAGUGUUCUUAAACUUCUUUGGGUUCAAUGGCACUGCUGGGGUGUGGAGGAUCAAGGCAUUGGAGGACUCAGGUGGAUGGAUGGAACGGACAACAGUGGAGGAUAUGGACAUCGCUGUUAGGGCACAUCUGCACGGCUGGAAGUUUAUAUUCCUGAAUGAUGUUGAGUGCCAGUGCGAAUUGCCCGAGUCUUAUGAGGCUUACAGGAAGCAGCAGCAUCGGUGGCAUUCUGGUCCAAUGCAGCUAUUCAGGCUUUGUUUACCAGACAUCAUCAAAUGCAAGAUUGCGUUUUGGAAGAAAGCCAACUUGAUUUUCCUUUUCUUCCUGCUUCGAAAGCUCAUAUUACCUUUCUACUCCUUCACGCUCUUCUGCAUCAUCCUCCCGAUGACGAUGUUUGUGCCUGAAGCUGAGCUUCCUGACUGGGUCGUGUGCUACAUUCCAGCCCUCAUGUCCUUGCUCAACAUCCUACCUUCUCCGAAGUCAUUCCCUUUCAUCAUCCCAUACCUGCUCUUCGAGAACACCAUGUCCGUGACAAAGUUCAAUGCCAUGAUCUCCGGUCUGUUCCAGCUUGGAAGCGCAUACGAGUGGGUGGUGACCAAGAAGUCAGGCCGCUCAUCAGAGGGCGAUCUCAUUUCCCUGGCCCCCAAGGAGCUGAAGCACCUAAAGACAGGGUCUGCACCAAACCUCGAUGCUGUCGCAAAGGAGCAGCUGGCAUCGAAGAAGGAUGCGAAAAAGAAGCACAACCGGAUAUACAAGAAGGAGCUCGCGCUCUCGAUGUUGCUCCUAACCGCGGCCGCCCGAAGCUUGCUCUCGAAGCAGGGUAUACACUUCUACUUCCUCCUGUUCCAGGGCAUCUCCUUCUUGUUAGUAGGCCUUGACCUCAUAGGCGAGCAGGUCGAGUAAAAAAUGUGUAAAACAGAAAUUGAUAGGUGUGGAAAACGGUGGUGAGUCACCAUGGAAGUGCUUGGGGGGAGGGGAGGGAUGUGUUACUGGCUCACUGCCAUGGACAUGGCAGCAGCCCUUGGCUGAGAUUCGAAAGAUAUGCUUUGUGCAGCUGUACCUUCCCGGAUCUGUCCUGUCCUGGCUGCACGGCAUGAUAUGAUAUCCACACGUGAAGAGGAACCCUCCUCUCCCUCGGAGGUGUAGAUACAGUUUCCUCGGCCUGUAAAAUUUGUUGCGUCGUGCCUCUUCCAGGUCCAGGGUCCGUCCCCCUCCAUUCUUUUGUAACAAAUCUUUGGUGCUCAUGUGUGGAUCUUUGUCAUCAAGGAUGUAACAGCACACACCUGUUCGCCUAUACGAUCGGUGAAGGGAAACAGAAGUGCCACUGGAUUAGGAGCGUCCUGGUAGAUGCAGCUGGACGCUGAUCUCUUGCUCAACUUGUGAAGCUGAUGUGAGUAGAUCCAGAUCGUGAGCUUGUCCAUGUGUGUUUGUUGUACCUGUCCCCGCUUGACGCUGGGGAAAGUUGGGAGUUGUCGAGCGCAGUUUCACAUGAUUGGAAGAUCUGUGUCUCCUCCAUAUGCCCCGUAAUAAUAAUUGUGGAUCAAGGUUCCAGCAA